CGGAAGUUUCGACGUGUUAUUCAAAGCCGAGACAUGUAAACUCUAUCGAAGAACACACCUUCAGGAUAUUAUACAAGCAAAGUAACGAAUUAUUGUUUGGUGAGUCUAUUUUUCAACUUUAAACGCUAUCAGCACAAAUGGCUGAGAAGAUUUCUCUUGUUGAAAGUUUCCUGAGCUGUAAUGUUUGUUCAGAGACGUUCAGAGAUCCUGUGUCUCUGAGCUGCAACCACAGCUUCUGUUCAAGCUGCCUGACACAAUUCUGGGAACAAGCUGGAAACAAGAACUGUCCCAUCUGUAAAAGAAGUUCUUUGGAGGAAAAUCCAACUAUUAACCUUUCUCUCAAAGAACUGGCUGACUCGUUUGCUGGAAGAAAAAAUAGUGAUUCACCUGAAGGAGAACAGGAAAAAGAAGACAAGAAGAAGGAGGUUGUGUGUGAUAAACAUCCAGACGUCACUUAUUGGUUCUGUAAGGAUGAAGACAGAGCUGUGUGUCCUGUCUGUGACUUUUCUCUGCACCACAGUCACCAGGUGGUUCCUGUAGAACAAGCAGCCAGUGACCUGAAGGAGCAGCUGAAAUCUGACUUAAAGUCUCUACAGGACAAGAGGAACAAAUACAAACAAGUGGAGCAAAGCUACAAUGAAAUGAUCCAACACUCCAAGAAGCAGCUGUCGUCCACAGAGAAGCAGAUCAGAGCAGAGUUCAAGCAGCUCCACCACUUCCUGGAAGAGGAAGAGGAGUCCAGACUGGCAGCUCUGAGGGAGGAAGAGGAGCAGAAGAGGAAGACUAUGAGCAGAGAGAUGAAGAGGAUUGAGGAGCACAUCUCCUCUCUGUCAGACAGUAUCUGUGCUGUUGAAGAAGAGCUGCACAAAGACCACGUGCCGUUCCUCAGCAGUUAUAAAGCCACUCAGACCAGAGCCAGAGCCCAGAGCUCAGUGUCAGAUCCACAGCUGCUCUCAGGAGCAUUGAUAGAUGUGGCCAAACACCUGGGCAACCUGUCCUUCAGAGUCUGGGACAAGAUGAAGGACAAGGUCCACUUCAGGCCCGUCAUUCUGGACCCAAAUACUGCACAUGGAGAACUCCAUCUGUCUGAUGAUCUGACCAGUGUGAGACGUGGAAACACAGACCAGCAGCUUCCUGAUAAUCCAGAGAGAUUCACUGAGUGUCCUGAUGUUCUGGGCUCUGAGGGCUUCAGCUCAGGGAAACACAGCUGGGAGGUGGAGGUGGGAGAUCAUCCUUAUUGGGUUGUGGGUUUGGCUAAAGGUUCAAUUGCGAGGAGAGGACAGUGUUAUGUUUCACCAAAAUAUGGAAUUUGGUGUUUAUUGCAUCGUAAUGGUAAAUACACUAAUGGUUGUGGUAAAACUCUGAUAGUGAAGAAGAGUCUCCAGAGGAUCAGAGUCCAUCUGGACUAUAACAGGGGGGAGGUGUCCUUCUAUGAAGAUGAAGACAUGACUCACAUCUACACUCACAGAGACACUUUCACUGAGAAACUCUUGCCAUAUUUCAGUAUUGGAGAAGCUGCUGAUGCCAAAACCACUGAAAUCAAAAUUUGUCUAAAUCAGAUUAUACGCUCAUGUUCAGGGAAGUGAGUUAUAAACACGAUGACUGUUUGCAGCUUCUCAUCAUCUGUUUUUAGAAUCAAACUUGUGUUAUGGGUUUUUUUAUGGGUAUAUUUUUCUGUUGAAACAUUUGAUUGUCUUUCAUCCAUUGUUCAUGUUGUCACAGAAAAAGGUGACAUCAGGUUAAAUCACAAGUUAACUUUCAUAUAAGAAUUACUUAUUCCUUAGUAUUUGGAUUUGGAUGAAUUCAAAUCAAACCCAUAGUAAUUAAUGAACAUGGAUAUUAAUGAAAAGAAAAAUCUACAAUAAAUCUAUUAAUUGCAGUCUAGCUUCUAUGUACAGUAUAGUAGCAGAAACAAAUGGGUUUAAUUCAAUAAAUAACUAGACAGACACCAGCUUUCUCUUAGAUAAGGGACAGUAACGUUCAAA